GAACUGCAAACUAAACUGCGGAAGGGUGUUGCAGCAACUGCACUAGACGACUCUUGCUUCCAUCACAUUUCCUUUUCAACUGUUCUCAUAGAAAUACUAUACCGAAGAUAUCGAUGUGGUUGGCAGCGAUUCGAUUUGUGAAUAUAUUUAAGAAUAGCAUUUGUUGGAAGACCCCAUUGAGGAGAUAUUUAUGGGUUUCAAGCAAAUCCUUAAUAGACAGAGCCGCCAGUGAAGGGGAGUUGAGAGUGUUCAUUGUUGCAGGAGAGGUUAGUGGAGAUUCCAUUGCCUCUCGUCUUAUGGCUUCCUUAAACAAGAUUUCCCCUCUUCCUAUCCGCUUCUCGGGUGUAGGCGGGUCCAGGAUGUCCAAUCAAGGCCUGAAAUCCUUGUUCCCAAUGGAGAAUAUUGCGGUAAUGGGAAUCUGGGAAUUAUUACCACACUUCUAUAAUUUCAGAGUAAAAUUGAAGGAAACUGUGGAGGCUGCAUUACAGUUCCAGCCUCACGUGGUUGUGACGGUGGACUCCAAGGGAUUUUCUUUCCGUCUACUUAAGCAGUUACGGGCUAGAUACAACCAACAAAGGUCAGAUAGACCAGUACUCUUUCAUUAUGUUGCACCAUCAUUCUGGGCAUGGAAAGGAGGUGAAGCAAGACUCAAAGGCCUAUCAAAAUUUGUGGAUUAUGUGUUCUGUAUACUUCCCAAUGAGGAAGCAGGUUGUAAAUUAAAUGGAUUGAAUGCAACUUUUGUUGGUCACCCCAUUCUGGAAGAUGUUUUAGAGCUGAACAUGGGAAAGGAAACUGCAUUGCAUGAGUGGAAGAUAACCGGAAAUGGUGAAGAUUUUCGAAAAAAAUAUGCCAUAGCUUCAGGAGCAACGGUAAUUACCUUGCUACCUGGAAGCAGAUUACAAGAGGUCACUAGAAUGCUUCCCAUCUUUUCAAACACAAUGAAACUGUUAAAAGACUCUUUCCCUGAGCUGGUAACGGUCAUCCAUGUGGCUCCCAAUCAACUAGUGGACAACUAUAUUGCUAAAGCUGUUCAUAAGUGGCCUGUGCCUGCUAUAUUAAUUCCAGGAGGAACCCCACAGCUGAAAUACGAUGCAUUCAAUGCAAGCCUUGUUGCCUUAUGUACUUCAGGAACUGUUGCUAUGGAGUUGCAGCUUGCCAGGUUACCUUGUUUAGUUACUUAUAGAGCUCAUUUCCUUACUGAAUGGUUUGUUCGCCACAAAGCAAAGAUACCAUACAUUUCACUUCCCAACAUCCUCUUGGAUUCUCCUGUUAUUCCUGAAGCUUUAUUUCAAGCUUGCACACCUGCAAAAGUAGCAUUCUUGCUCAAGGAAUUGAUGAACAAUACAGUACUCCAACAGCAACAAAUUGCAGCUGCUGAGAAAGUUAUGGAACUUCUAUGCCCUCCGAACAGAACACUGAACAACACAGAACAGCAGGGUAUGAAGCCGAGCCCUCCCAGUUAUAGUCCAAGCAUGAUUGCAGCAUCCACCAUACUUAGCUACAAGCAGAGAUGAAGGUUAGCACCUAUGUUACUUAUUUCUGGAGAUGAGUAUCCUAUAUGGGUAUGUUUCAACUCUUGUAUGCUUUAUCUUUUUGUAAAUAUUUCUUUACGUCAGGAUGAUUGUACCCUGUACCAUAAAAUUAGAAAAAUGUAGAGUCGAAACAGCAAAAUCUCUUGCGAAAUGUCUGAAAUUUUGAUGAGAACUAAUCGGCAUUGAGGAAAGUUGCAUAAGAUUCAGGAAAUGUGACAAGAUUGUCUCCUGUUAGAAACUGAUGUACCAAAUAAAAUCCAAUACAGAAUUUUAAACUCA